GGGCGGCCAUCUUAGGUACGCGCAAUUAAAGGCUGUGGUGGGAUUGGCUUCGUAUCGUGGGCUCGUCCGCUGCUACCCACCUACCAGAGCCCUUCCCCGCGGGGCGGGACCUCGUAACGGCUAACUCCUUUCCAGCUGAAGAAACACUUCAGUUCUGGAAAUAGCGACCCAGUAUCAUGGCUGGCAGCCCUAAUGAAGAUUCAGAAGGAAGCCGAAUUACUUAUGUGAAAGGAGACCUAUUUGCAUGUCCCCAAACAGACUCUUUAGUGCAUUGUAUCAGUGAGGACUGUCGAAUGGGCGCUGGGAUAGCUGUCCUCUUCAAGAAGAAAUUUGGAGGAGUGCAGGAACUAUUGAAUCAACAGAAAAAGUCUGGAGAAGUGGCUGUUCUGAAGAGAGAUGGGCGAUAUAUAUAUUACCUGAUUACAAAGAAAAGGGCUUCACACAAGCCAACUUAUGAAAACUUACGGAAGAGUUUAGAGGCUAUGAAGUCCCAUUGUCUGAAGAAUGGAGUCACCGACCUUUCCAUGCCAAGGAAUAGGCUUGGGGUCCCUUCUCUUCCUGACUGACUAGUUCUGAGUCAGUACUGACCACGCAUGCAGGUUUAUUCCAGGCUCUGAGUUAGAAAUGUGGCUACUUGAUCCCUCAUCUUACACUGGUCUGUAAUAUAUUCAUGACUUAUGUACCGGAAACUUUUUUUUUUUAAUCACAGUUUUUUCAGGAACUUAAUGCAUUAAUAUAAAAUUAUCAACUUUAAGCCUUUCUUUUUUCCCUGUGGAUACUGAGGAUCAGUAAAGUAACAUCUUGGAAGAAAGCUGCCAGGUAGUAGUUUUGUGGGCAGAUUGAGGUUUCUCACCAGGGUGUCAGGAAGAUUGGAAUUACAAUCAGCUUGGCAUUUCCCAGUUAUCUUCCUUAACAUUCCGUUAUCAUAAGUGUGUUUUUAAAAUGGGCUUUCCUGGUGGCUCAGUUGGCAAAGAAUCUGCCUGCAGUGUGGGAGACCCAGGUUCGAUCUCGAGGUCAGGAAGAUCCUCUGGAGAAGGGCAUGGCAACCCAGUCCAAUAUUGUUACCUGGAGAAUACCCAUGGACAGAAGAGCCUGGCAGGUUAUAGUCCAUGGGGUCACAAAGAGUCAAACAUGACUGAGUGACUAACACGGUUUAAAAAUACCAACCUUUUCCCAUCCACCCAUGGCUAGUUUUCACUAGUAGAAACAGUUCUUCUGUCUCACGGCAGAGGUACACAUAUUUCUAAAUGUACCCUGAAGUAACUGGGAAUUGGUACUUUAUUUUGCAAAAGAGAAGUGACAGCUAUUGGAUGUUAGGGCUGUCUAGGAAACAGCCUUAGGUGACUCACAAUAGGCGUUAACUUCUAAACUCCCACCAUAGUUGCCUAUAGGUGUGAGACCAGAUGUUAUCUUUGGCUUUGGGUGGAUGCAGCCUAGGGAAAGAGGGAAGGAGCCUUUUCCUCAAUCACAACCAGUGGAGAUAUUUUGUCUU